GUGUCCACGUCAGGGAACCCAUCCUGACCUCCGCAAGCGGCCCGCGCGGAGAGGCUCUACACCGGCUGGGUGUGGCGUGCGGAUCAAGGGUCUGAUGCAGGGGGUUGACCCCUUAGAAAGGCACUUGAAAGACAGUGGCAUCAUCCUACUGCUGUGAGCAUGGAAAACAACUGUGAGUGCAUGAAAACAAGAUGAUGAAUAAUGGAAAAGCAAACAGAGAUCAUUCGGAGAGAACAUUAGCUUGAGACUGCGGGAUUACAGGAGGUGCAGUGAUGGGAUGCACUACGGUGGUUUCACAGUAAAUUAGCAUGCUGCUGUUGUGGUGGCCAGAAGGAAUUCUGAAUUUGCCACAACGGUUACCGAUGGAAGACAAAAGACCAGCACACAACUCUUUCCCAGCGGACAGGACCGUUUCAUGCCCGGAGAAGGACCGACUUCCCGCUUGGACCCGGUGCCGGCCUCCCUCACUCCUCUGGCGGGCUCCAAAGCAGCAGUUCCCGGCAUUUGCUGGGAUGUUUGAGUCGCGUUGUUUGGUGGGGUGAAGGGACCGAGAGAGUGGCCGGAGAGACCGAGGGACGGAGGCCGAGAGAGGAGCCGAGAGCAUGGCUCUGGUAGCGCUGUCUCUCUGGGUGCUAACGAGUCUCACCUGGGGAAACCUGCUCCAGGUGUCCGCCAACAGGCAUUCCGUUUACUGGAACAGCUCCAACAUACAUCUGCGCAGGGAGGGCUACACAAUGCAGGUGAACGUCAACGACUACCUGGACAUCUACUGCCCUCAUUACAAUGACAGCCAACGCAUGGUGGGCACCGGCGAGCAGUAUGUCCUCUACAUGGUCAGUUACCGAGGGUACAGGAACUGCGACCCCCAGCUGGGCUUCAAGAGGUGGGAGUGUAACCGGCCCCACGCCCCUCACGCGCCCAUCAAGUUCUCCGAGAAGUUCCAGCGCUACAGCGCCUUCUCGCUGGGCUAUGAGUUCCACGUUGGACAGGAGUACUACUACAUCUCCACGCCCACCCACCACCACGGCCGCAGCUGUCUGAGACUACGAGUGUACGUCUGCUGCUCCACGGCCUCUGACGUGGAUGAUGAGCCAGAGCCAACAGAGCCAGACUACACGCUUAGACCAGGCCUAAAAAUUGACGAUAUCGAUGAAUUUAACCCUUUUGUUCCCAAGCUGGAGAAGAGUGUCAGUGGAAGCAGCCCGUCCAGGGAUCGCCUUCUCCUCACCGUGACAAUGCUCCUUCUGGCCGCUCUCUUCAUCUCCUAGCAACGGCCAUCCCAUCAGCGUCACCAUGCCAACUAGCCUUGGGAGGGUGUACAGUAUCAGCGGGUGGGACAGGGGGUAGUCUGGAGGAGAGGAGAUGAGAAGAGAGGAGAGUUAAGAUAUCACAAAUAUAGCAAAAGGCAAAACGAGCAAGACUUUGAAGAGAGUUUUCAAGCAUCACAGUGUGAAUGUGUGUGUGAGUGUGUGUUUGCACAGCUGUCUGUGUGUGUGAGGGAGUGUAUUUUUGGCAGAGUUGAAAGACCUUCGGGCACUCGUUGACACAGACUGAACCCUGUAUUGCAUUUAAGUCAGCCUGUGCACAGAUGCAGGUGGUGGUGUGGUAGGACUGUGAGUGAGUGUGUGUUUGUGUCUGUGUGUGAGUGUGUCUGAACAGGCCACAGGUUGAGCUUGUUGAAUCAUGCACACCACACAAAGCAUUUAUACAACAGGAGAGGCAGGGCUGAAAUCCCAAUAAAAUAGAUGAAAAACAUCAAAUCCACCCACCCAAUUGAAACCACAUGGAGACUUUCCCUUGGAUUUGAUUGGCUGUAACACUUCCUUGGGGCUAGUUGCCAUAGUUUCUCGCAACAAGACAAACUGAACUCAAACGAACUGAAUGAAAUAGAUUUCAGCAAAAGUGAACUGAAAUUGCCUUUUUUUUUUGUCGUUGUUGUCGUUGUUGUCGAUCUUGACGCUGUGAACUUGUCCCAGUCCGCGGAGGAUAAAGGAACUGGCUAACGAACUGUGCUGGUCCCGUGUAUGAGGCAAAGUAGCUGAUAGUUCAUAAACACACCCUGGGACUCCAGACGCCGGUGUUUUAGUUUCCAUCUCCACUCUGCUGUGUCAUCCUGUGUUCACCAUUAGUCUCCAGCACAUCUCUGAUGAAGGACUUAACAGGACUGGACGGGUUUUGGGGAAGCGAGGGGGGCGGGGAGGGGGAUCCAGAGCAUUUAAACAAUGAAUCAUUUCACUUUACUACUUUUUUCUGUCCUGUCUUUGAAGUAUACUCGGUUAGUCCUCUGUCAUCUCCGAGGUUAGCGAAGCACACGAUGGCUACGGAGCAGCCAUAGAUACACUCAGCAAUACUGCCCUCCUCUCAGCUGCCAGGAGAGAGCGACUGCAGGCUGUUUUGGGGGGAGAGGAAGAGGAACAGGGAGGGGGGGACGAAGGAGGAAGGACGGUCACCCACACAAGCAUCUGUGGACAGGUCCAGCCCCACACAAUAAGAAGCUCUCCACUGGUCCACGUCGGUGUAGCGACCUGCUCUACAAGUCUCAUCAUCUAAAACCAUUCGUCAGAUGCCACAUGUAAACAGUUUUCUGUUACUGUAUGCCUGUGUGUGUGUGUGUGUGUGUGUGUGUGCCCGAGUGACAAAACGUAUGUCUGAAUGUGCACUUGUGUGUGUGUGUGUGUGUGUUUGAGAGUGAGAGAGAAUAUUUUAAAUGGUACUAAUACAUCCACAUACUGUACAUCUUAUAAGAAUGAAAAUUCAAAAGGAAAAAAAAACAGAAAAAGAAAUCAAAACACGACUAAAGCAACAAGUAAUACAUACAAACCAAGUGCUUUGGUGGGGAGGUAUGGCAAUUCAAAUGUCAAACAACUGUACCAGUCAGUUGCUUCUGAAUAGCGUUUCCAUAGCAACUAGCACCUUAUUCACCAUGGCUACCCUACCCUGCCAACAAUGGACUCUAGUAGGGCAUGGCUUACCAUAGUAGCUGAUAACAAUGAUGAAGGUGAUGAUGAUUAGAAUGAAGAUGACGAUGACGAUGGACUGCGAGCUGACAUGCAGCUCACCCACCGGCAUGUGAGACAUUCAAGUACUUGUGUAAAUGUCACAAACGGACAAAGAAUGGAUAUUCAAUGUCUUGAAAUCUGCCAAGAGGAAAUGUGAUGUAAGCAUUUUUUUUUUUUUUUUUUUUUUUACAAAUUUGAAGCUCAGUUUUCUCGUGGUUUGUUUGUAUUUUUUUUUUUACUAUCAUUUUGUUGAGUUUGCUGUGGUGUAUAUUUGGUUAUUCUGAGGGGAAACACAAGGGGUUUAAAAGUUGGAACUCGGGUGGGUUGAGCCAUGUGUAAACUUGGGCUGUACUCUGCAAGUCCCUUAGCCAACUGAUCAGAAGAUCAAGUUCAACAUCAUAUAUGGCAGUGGUUCCCAAUCAUUUUUGGCCUCUUUCCCUAAUAAUGAAGCUUGCAACCCCUGUGCACAUUUUGCAUAUGUCUGGUCCAGGCUCUGGCCAGUUGAACCAAAUGCUGAUUAUUUCUUCUGUAAAUGUUUUAUUUGUAUACUUUUACAGUCCUCAAAAGCUAAAAUUUUCUAGUAAUUUUUAAGAAAAAACAGAAAGAUUAGAAGAAUCUCAAAUAAACCAGAUUUUGUGUGAAAGAAAUGUCUUUCUACUUUCCUAUCCUCUUAAGCAUCUCACAUUUAUGUUGCUGUGUUGUGGUACUGAUAACUAAGUUGGGAACCACUGAUAUAUACUAUAAGAUUUAAAUCUAAAGAAGUAAUUUUUACUUUAUUGUGUGCUUGUUGUUGGAGAGUAAUGUGGAUUUAUUUUCCCAAAGGUGUGCCAAAUUAUUUUUAAACAAAAUCUCGCAGCCACCUUUGAACAGCCCUCAUCUUUUCAUCUAACGAGAGAGAAUUCUUAUGGAAACAAAUGAGGAUCCUGUAGUUUUGGAGUACAGUCGAGUAUAUGACACUACAACCAGCCCAGGUGUAUAUGUGGCUCUUGGUGGGAGGGUGAGGUAUAGGAAGGGCUCCAUAGUUCUGGUGUGGAGCGGGAGGGUUGAAGAGCUGUGCGAGAGGGUAAAUCAUUCUUCAAGAAGUUGCACUUAAGAACUUAACAUGAGAACAAGAGAGUGUGUGUGUGUGUGUGUGUGUGUGUGUGUGUGUGUGUGUGUGUGUGUGUGUCCAUCUGAAUGUGUGUGUGUGUGUGUGUGUGUCAGGGAGAGUAGGAGCUCAUUUCUGUUAAUCACUUCAUGGCUGUGUGCAGGAGCUUUAGCAUGAGAUGCGGUUCAUCUUUGUGUUUACCUGUGUGUGUGUGUUUGUUUGUGUGUGUGUGUGUGCGCGUGUAUGUGAGUGACUGAAUGGUUGAAUGAGUGAGUGAGCAACAGUCUCUUUGUUUCUGCUCUUUUCCACGUGCGUAUGAACGAGGGAGUGUGACCGAUUGUUGUCUGGCAAAACAACAAAAGCAUUUAAUAGUGUUGGAAACAACAAUUACAAUCAUGUUUACCUUCGACUGGAAUGACUUUAAAUGAACUUGAAAAUAAACUGUAAACUGAACAAAC